GUCUCAGAAUUUGCCCAAGAAUUGGGUGGGGCAAUGGAAUCACAUUCAGCUAAUGUUCGUCGUCUUGUUGACGAUUUUCGAAAUCGAGCUGGCGAUACAAGAGAUUCUAGUGGAAUGCGACGAGUUUGGGAAAAUUUGUUACGACAAGUUGAAGCCGAUGCAACAACACAUCUCGAUCUUGCUGGACUUUUACAACAACAAAUAUCGAGACCCACCUCGGAAGCCAGUUUUCAUCGAAAAGUUCAAUCGAGAAAGAUAUUUGCACAUCGUGAGGCUUACGAGCAGGUAGUGAGCAAGACCGAGGAGAAAUUGCAAAGGGCAAGAACAGAUUACAAGCGGACUUAUGCGGCUUUAUUGAAUAGUGAGAGUGGAAAUGAUCAAGAAUUGAAGAGAGCCUAUCUUGAGGCACACAAUGCUUAUGUACUUCAAUUGAGAGCAACAAAUGCAAUCACCGAACGCUAUCAAUAUCAAUGCCUACCAAGUUUAUUGAAUGAAAUUGCUGAGGUCUAUGAGGAAUUAUGUGGACUUGCAUGUAACUGUAUUGCCGGUAUUUCAGACGCUGCCGGUGAACGUUCAUUAGAGCAAUCGAAACGUUUUCAAAAUGUCACAAAAGAAGCGCGUGCCAUUUCAUCGCAAAAUGAUUUACAAGUUUUGGCGCGAAGUUUGUCAUCUGCAGCAACUGUACGAAAACCACCACGUCGCCUCUUCGUGUCUCCAGCUCCACCAGAUCAGGUGCCAGUUGAGAGGCUAAAUCAAGUUCCUACAUUACGGGACGAGUUGGUACCAACCGGAACCAGUACCCUACCUUUGAUGGAUGAUUUGCAUAGAGAAUCUGAAAGUUUGACACAGGAGAUUGGACGUCUACAGGAUGCCCUUGAGGCACUAACUCGAAUGCAACGAAAAAGCGUGGAAGGAAACGUUCACACCAAAAUUGCUGAGCUUCAGGAAGAUAUUUCAAUGAAACGCUUUGAUCUAGGUGUUGCACAACUUCAUCUAGCUGCUAUACAAGCUCAGAAAGAGCUUUUUGGAGGUGGAGAAGCUGUGCAGCCUGAUGGGGUGAGCAGCCGGAAAAUGUCUAAUGGCUCGACAGGAAGUACUAAGCACAAAUGGCUGAAAGCGUUCAAAAGUUUGAAGACCAGCUCACCCACAACGCCACCGCCUACAGAAAAAGGAAAGCAGACGAUGUACCAUGCAGUUUCCUCUGUCGUUGCUAUGUCCAGAAAAAACUUGGAAUCAGAAGGUGGACACGUGUGGCGUGAAUAUACAUAUAGAAAAAUAACACCGUGCGAUGCAUGUGGUCAAGUAUUACGUGGACAUAGUCGACAGGGUUUUCGUUGUCGUGGCUGUAAGGCAAAUGCACACGCCGAUUGCAUUAGUUCUGUACAACCAACAAAUUGUCCAAGUUUAUCAUCAAAACGUGGCGGUGGAAUUCCACUUCUUCGAAGACAAAAACAAACGGCACCACCAACCGAUGAGACACCAUCCUCCGAACACAACGUGGACGCCAUAUACCAGGUGCUGAAGCAGGCUGGCGAGAUUCGUGGAAAUUCGACAAAUUCACCACCUACGCCUCCCACAGCAGAUCAUCCUCCUUCCGGCGCAGCACCUUUAUCAGCGAGGACCUCUUCCCAACCCUCUUCCUCGUCCACCUCUGCGCCGCAUAGUCCACAACGUAGAAGAGAGAGACUGAAUUUGAGGAUGAAGAGUUUGAGUUUGGACUCACCAGAAGGAUCAGCUCAUGUUCGUCAUCGACCACGAGAUUAUCAUACUUCCGGUCAUAGGGAUUCAUACACACCCCCACGACGUUCUGAUAGCGGAAGUAUCAACAGAUUAUCGCCCUGCAGUCCAGGUCAAGGGCAUGGGGUUCACAAACACUUGAGGGGAACAAUAAGAAUGUCUAGUGUGGAACUACCAGAUGAAAAUGAAAAAUCCUAUUCCUCAGCAAGCACCUCACCCUGUCCCUCGCCUCACACCAACAAUCAAAAUCACCUGAAUCCACUUGGAAAACGUGUUUUACCACCAAACAAUCUCUACGUAGUGUUGUACAACUUUGAAGCUAGACAUCGGGACGAGUUAGAUUUAAAAGCCGGUUAUAAAGUUUCGGUAAUCGAUAAAUCAGAAAAGGACUGGUGGAAGGGCAAAUGUUUAGGUGGUCGUGCUGGUUAUUUUCCAAGUGCUUAUGUCAUGAGAGUCGAUCCCGGUCAAAAAUCAUUACAAGUUACCCGAAACUUGCAACUUGCUGAUCAAACAACACUUCUAAGAGAUCAGAUUGUACUGCAAGUUGGAGAAGAAUUAGACGGUGUUGCAAUGGUAAGAUGUGCAGCUGAUGUUCGAUCAUCGGAACAAGGUUCAAAUGAAGGUGAAGUACGUUUUAAGGAUACGCUCUGCCCAUUAAAAUAUCUUCAGGAAGUGUGACAGAAGCCUUUUGAAAAUGAACAUAAACGUCGCUAUCAAAGUCCACUACAAAGAGGUUGGAUUCGUAUUCCCGAAUCAUGUGAAAAUUUAUCAUCAUCAUCAUCAACAACAUCAUCAUCAUCCUCAUCAUCAUCAUCAGCGUCAUCCACAUCUUCCAAAAAUCAGCAUGGCGAAAUAAUUGUCUGCGAUUUUUCAAAACGUGGCAAUUGGUCAUCAGUGAGAAUAUCACGUGCAAUAAUCUUCCGAAAAUUACCCGAAAUUGAUAUUUAUCCAAUGAUUAAACAAACAACAACAUCAUCUUCCAAUCGUCGUAUAACUUCCGAAAAAUAUUACGAUUGUUUCCAAUGUGCCGAGCAGUGUCGACAUCUCUCACUUAAAAACAAUUAUAAUUACACC